UUGCACGCGCCUCUCCUGAGCGGUAACCCUAUCCUCCCUCAGCGCCUUUCCCCAUCGCACUUUCACCAUCGAAAAAAAAAGAAGGCGGCGGCGGCAACGCAAGAAGCAGCGGCGACCGCGCGUGCAGGAGCCGGAGGCGGCGGCGACCGCGCGUGCAGGAGCCCGAGGCGCCGGCGACAGCGCGUGCAGGAGCAAGCGGCGGCAGCUCGCAUCCUCUGUCCGUCCUCCAUCCUCCAUCCCCCUUGGCUACUGCAGCAACAAGAGGAAGAAGAACCAGCGCCUCCCACCUGUCGCCUCCUUUCCUCCUCUGUACUCAACUGCUCAUCCUCGUCCUCGCAUCCUCAGUGAGAAAGGAAAUGGAUAGCAAAGGAAAGGGAGGAAGCAACCAUGCUUCAUGGACAUAUGCAAUGUCCUCUUUCAUGUUGUCUCAUCUAGCCAAUCUUGUGGCUAGUGGGACGAGGACUUCUUCUGGCUUCAAACAGGCCCAUCUCAACGCAUGUGCGAGGGCUCUCAAUGAGAUGUUUUGUACUAAUUUUACCGGUGAUCAGAUUAAGAAUCACUUGAAAACAUGGCAAAAGAAGUUCACAAAGAUGAACAGGCUUAGGAAAGUGAGUGCUGCUGGUUGGGAUGAAGUUAAUUUUGUUAUUACUCUUGAUGCUGAGCACUACAAUGAAUAUAUCAAGGAUCACAAGACCGAUGCUGAGUUUUUUAACAAACCUCUUCUGCACUAUGGUGAGAUGCUUACAAUCUUUGGGAGCACAAUGGCUACAGGAAAGUUUGCAAAGGACUCAAGUUCAGUUCUUGGUACUGAAGAUGUAGAAACUGAAAACGAAGAGGUGAAUCGUGCUCCAACUACUAUUGAUCUUGAUGCUGAAACUUCAUCUGCAAGCAAGCCAAAGAAGGCCAAAACAUCUGAAAGUGAAGAUGAUGGGUUGAUUAGGGCAAUCACCAAUGUGGGUGACAAGCUUGCUGCUGCUAUAGUGAAGGCUGGUGAGCCAGAUAAUACGCUACCGGUAGGUUUAUUUGACACCCUGAAAAGCCUUCCUGGUUUUCAGGACAUCCACAUAUCAUUUUACUAUGCUUAUUUGGUGGCUAACCCUCACAUUGCUAGAGCUUUCGAUGGACUUCCAUUCGAAAACAAGCUACAUUGGGUUGCUAUGUUCAUUAGUGACAAGUUUCCUGGAUCAAUGUAGGGUGGUUGGAUGAGUUAUCUAGUUCUUUUGCUAUUAUGAAUGUGCUGCCAGUGGGUGGACAUUACUUGUAAGGCUUGAACUUGUAGGGAACUUAUGUGUGGCUUCUAUGCUUGCAAUGCCACUAUGGUUGGACUGCUAUGUGUAAGACUUCAAUGGGCUACUAACUCAUUAUUUGUGUCUUGAACCUUCUAUGUGUGGAUUGAUGUAUGCUAUUUAUGUGUGAUUGUUUCU